AUGAAAUCAACACGUCCUGAAUACAAAUUAGAAUUAAUGAAAUUAUUGAAAGUAGAAUUGAAAGCAAAGGUAAAACAAAAACUAAAUAUUCGACUUUCUCCAACCAUUACCAAACAACAGCUGAUUAAACUACUGACAACUCCUUCGCCACCACCUCCAAAACCAAAGAAAAAAGUCGGGGUCCGAACGAAAAAGUCGACAAUAAAACGUAAACGUUGUUAUUCAACAAAACAAUAG